UCACUGUUGCUCAUUUCUUUGCGUCUGGUUUUCUUCCCCAAACUUUGUCAAACCCUCUCUUGUUCCUGAACAUACUUCAAAACUCUCUCUCUCUCUCUCUCUCUCUCUCCUUGCUCUCAGUUCCCAAAAACCCUGCCUUCUUCUCACCUCGAAAUGCUCGAGUUCAACCCCAUAUAGAAGCGAAAGAAUGAAAAAAUAUGUAAAAAUGUUUUCUCAUUGAUCUUCAACCUCACAAGCCCCCAGCCUUGUCCUCUAGCUUUAAUGGAAGGUAUGACCAAACCCAUAACAACAACAACCACCACUAACACAACUAGCACACUGAUCAGCGACAAAGCUUGUCCAAUAAGCUUAAAGCUCUCUUUCUGGUUCUCCCUCACAACUCGCCCACCUGGUCUGAUAGCGUCCAGCUUUGGUUCAUAGUAGUAUACGGUACUCUAUAUAUACUUUCUAUCAAAAAAAGAACUUUGGCAUAUAAAUGGGUUCCUACUCUUAUAACUCGAAAAAUUCUUCAUAUGGUUAUAAUAACCAAAACCCUUCAUUCGGCCCUGAGUUUCAGAGGCUGUUCGAUCCGUCCUCGAAUAGUCUAGGAGGGUUUAAUGGGGUUUUACGAGGCGGGUCUGCGCUGUCUCACUCUUUGGUUUUGGAUAGCGAGAAAGGAGAGCUUGUGAAAGCUCCGGCAAGAGUUGGGAAGAAAGGGGUGUCGGAGGCCAAGGCUUUGGCGGCUUUGAAGAGUCACAGUGAGGCAGAGAGGAGGAGGAGAGAGAGAAUCAAUGCUCAUCUUACUACUCUUCGCAGCCUUGUGCCUUGCACUGAUAAGAUGGACAAAGCUACAUUGCUUGCUGAAGUAAUCAGCCGAGUGAACGAAUUGAAGAAGAUUGCAUGUGAAGAAAGCCAAGGCUUUCUCAUUCCAAUGGAUGAUGAUGAAGUAAAAGUUGAACAAUGUGAUGAUGGAGCAGAAGAUGGUACAGUGUCUUACAGGGCAUCUCUCUGCUGUGAUUACCGACCCCAGCUUCUCUCUGAUCUAAGACAAGCUAUUGAUAAUCUUCAAAUUGAGUUGGUGAAUUCAGAAAUAUCAACCUUGGGAAGCAGAGUGAAGAAUGCGUUUGUUUACACUUGCCAAGGUGAAAAUAUGGACAUGGAGCAAUGCCAAGGUAUUGCAAAUAGUGUUCGUGAGGCCCUGAAUUCUGUACUGGAGAAAGCUGCUGCUGCUUCUGCCUUACCAGAAUACUCACCAAGAACAUUCCCAAGCAAAAGGCGAAGGACCACUUGCUUUGAUACCUCAUGUUCAUCUUCAUGAUGAAAACGCAGAAAUACCAUUAUUGAGUAAUCCUGUAUUGAGAAACAGUACCUCAAAUGGCCAAUAGUGAAGUAUCUUCUAAUGCUUCUAGUAGUCAUCAUAUAUAUUGAUUCCAUCUCUGUAAUCACAAACAUAGUAUGGAGAGGUUAAAAACUCCCAAAUGCUUUUAUGUAUUGUAAGACAUAACACCGCCAACAGACAUUGGAAUCAGUUGAGAUAAUUUAGUAGCGUCUUUGGGUUAUU